AUGGCACCUAAUACCAAACCACCAGCAGACAUCUACUGCCUGUGGAAACAUGAAACUAUUCGCGAGAGACUCUUCGAUCUGCUCGACAAGCGCGACCUCUGCGCCGUCCGCGCCGCCAACUCCACGCUUUCGUCCCUCCUCACUAAGCGACUCUUUCUACGAACCCACGUAACUUUCACAGCCAACACCUUCACCAAGCAAACACGCAUCUGCGCCCUCAGUCGAAUUGGUCAUCAUGUCGAGCACCUGACCUUCUACUUCCCCCAUUCGGACGCUACGUUCCUCCCGCCCCUAAUCCAUCCGACCACAGGCCGCGAGAUCUCCUUCCUCUACCAACCCAUCACCUCCAUGGCCGCGGCGCUGGUCAGACCGAAAUUCACAAACUCGGAACUAGGCCAGAUCCUCACGGAGCAAUACCCACCCUUAUUCCACGCCGCUUCCAACGUGCCUUCCUUCAUCCACGCCAUGCGCCACUUGCCCAACAUGCGGCAUCUCUCCAUCAAAACCCCCGGCCAGAACCCCCAGGAUCGGUACCGCAGGGACUGCGUCGACUACGCACUCAUCAGCUUGCGCAUCUCGUUGGAACGGGCACCGCUCACCAAGCUUUCCAAGCUUUCGCUGUCGGGCGUCCACCCCACGGCCUUCAACUACCUCCGCCACACGCCGGGCUCCGGCUACGGCUCCUCCCCCUCGGCCGAGCGUCGCUGGCGACAAAUCCGCAAGCUCUACAUCAGCGUCGAAAGCUGGGAUUUCUACCACCCUACCUCGCCCGGACUGGACCACCUGAAGAUUAUGGACGAGUUUAUUCGCGGGUUUGCUCCACGGUUGGAAAAGCUUAGUUUCACUUGGGAUGGACACCGAAAGGGGCCUUGCCCUAUAGCACUUGGUGGAGACCCCCUUUUCACUCCUGCAGGCCCGAGAUCAAAACAGCAACAGCGAAAGAAACAGUCCAACGACUUGAAAGACUCCAUGAGCCCGUUACCAGAAAGGCCGCGACGAAGGGAUAUAGACAUGCCACGUCUCAAGUAUCUGUCGGUGCGAAACGCGACAAUGAACGCUAGCCAGGUUAAUGGGUUAGUCAAGAGACACAUGCGAACAGUGAAGGAGUUCCAGUUCGAGGAGGUCUUGCUGGUAGGCGAGGGGACGUGGGAUGAGGCGCUCAAGCCGCUGUUUGAUGAAGAGGCACGGAGGGCCAAGGGCGGGAAAAAGGGGGAUAUUUGGUGCAGACGGUCGAUCAGUGGGAGUGUGGAGAGUGGGAGCGUGAUGAGGCAGGGUCAGCGAAGGCAGGUGAGCGGGUUGUCGGGCACAACGGAUGGGUGUGAGACACUGUUGACGGAGUCGUCGGCUGCAACAGCGAUGAAGAUGGGGUUGUUGAACCUGGAUGUGGAGGCGAUGUUGUUCAAUGGAGGGGGGCUUGAGGAUGGCGUGGAUGCAUUGGAGAUGGGAGUCCAGGAGUGGGCGAAGGGUGUGACGGAUGCUUCCAUUAUGAGUGGCAUGACUACUAAUACCGUCAUCCACGAUGGUGGAAGGGUCGACAAAAGAGGCAGCGGUACGAUCACGACGAUUCGCGAAGAGCGCGAGGAGGAAGUGGAUGUUGCUGGUCUGCAUAUGGGCACCAACGUGUCCGUUAGCACGAGGAUCAAGAAACAACGUCUCCGUAAGAAGGGCUCGAAAAAGCACCAUCACGGAGAUGACAGCAUCACCGAGGGAGAGGAGACCGGUGGAUCGCGUCGCCGGAACCGCGAGCGCCGCGAACAUGCCAGCGAUGAUGAGCGCAGGCACCGCAGCAGCAGCGAGAAAGAGAAGGACAAGGGACGUCUCGGUCGAAGCAUGACUAACUACUCCCGCCGUGGCGAUUCGAGCGAUCGUCACCGCUCUCGCUCAUCUUCUAGCUCUCGUCAAGGCAAGCACUAUCGUCAUCACCGCCGAGACUACCCGGAGGAUGAUAAGGUCACGACUCUUCCGACCUUGCCAGAACUCAAGACCAUGUCGGAAGUCAACGGUGCCGAUGAUGAGGACUUACCUCAACCUCCUCAACCCAAGAACGUUCCUCACACACCACCGCAAGUUGCUGCUCAGCGACUCCCACCGUCACCUCCCCAAUCUGCCGGUAGUGCGUCCAACAAAGACAAAGCAUUGCCACCACCACCACCCGGCUAUGCCUCGCCCACCCCUCCCCGCUCUCCUCCCCGGACGACGGAGCAAGACCAUAUUCUCUCCCCACGUCCAUCCCUGGACACUCCUCAGGCUGUCCGGCUCAACAUCACGGCCCCGAUCCUCAACGCCAACCCCUCCCCCGCCGUCCUCUCGCCAACCGUCUACGACCCCUCUUCCAAAACCGGCCCCCUCCUUGGUAUCAGCGGACCACAAAACGCACGCGGCGGUGCCGUUGGUACCCUCCUAUUCCGCGAUUCUACUUCCUCCAAUCCCGGUGGCCCUUCCCUCUUCGCCGAUCUUGAGGCCCACGUCGAAUCCGAGCAAGACCGGGCCGCCGCCCUCAAAAAGGCCCGGGAACAAGUCCUCGAGAAACUAAGCAAGGAAUUUGCUCACGGACCCUACGGUACCCCCUCCACAAGGGAAUCCAUUGACCAGCCUCAACCUCAACCGCAAGCGAUGCGUCCCCAACCGCCCAAGCGCUCCAACUCGCACUCCAUUAAACCACAACUUUCAAACCCGUUCCCCAUUAAGCGCGCCAACUCCCACAACCAUCAUCACACCGGCAGUGGUCACAGACGCAAACACUCGGGCCACCACGGGCACGACUCACCAGCCGUCAUGGCCGCCAUCAACGCCUCACGCGCGAGACCUGGCGCCGCCGAGUCUGCCCCCACCUCGGCUGUCACCGGCGACAAAGAUCACGAGGACAUGCUGGCUUUCAGCAUCCCCUACGACCAACACCACGUCGAUUGCGGGGAUAUCUGCGCUCCGCCUACCGUUCCUCCUCCUUCCCACCAUGGCAUUUCUUCCUCUUCUCAUGGACUUGGAACGAGACUCAAAGAAGGGUUGAUCGGUAUCGUCAGGGCGGGGACGCCAGGGUUUUCGAGGCAUGGUACUCCGGUGCCCUCCAGAACCGGGACUCCCGGGAUCUCUUCUAUGGUCGGGACCGAGACGGUGGUGCAUCGGGGGAGGAGGAGUGAAGAUGAUGCGGGAAGAAGACAAAGGGAGAGGGAUGUGAGAGAAAGGAGGGAGGAGCACAGGGAUCACUACCACAAGUACGGACACGGAAGCACUGAGAGCAGUGCCAGUGGUUAUAGCAAAGGGACGACUGGCACCCGGGAUGCCCAUGUCCCGUUGAUGACCAACCACAGCGUUUUAGGGUACAAGGGAAAUUAA